UAUAAAUCCUUAUCUCUGCACAUCACUCGAGACGAAGAAAAACAAAAGUAUAGUUAUUAGUUCAUCAAAUUCUCACAUGGGAGCAGUUGCAAUGGAGAUUUCUGGGUAUAUUAUUGUGAUUAUCUUAGCUCAUGUUGCUUUCUUAGGUUCGUUCAUGGCUGCUGCUGCUGCAUCAGCUUCCAUAGACUUGUCAACUGCAGUUCUUAUCAGGGUGGAUCAGUCUGGUAAAGGAGAUUUCAAGAAAAUACAAGAUGCUAUAGACUCAGUUCCUCCAAAUAACUCUCAACUGGUUUUUAUUUGGGUCAAGCCAGGAAUAUACAGAGAAAAGGUGGUUGUGCCUGCUGAUAAGCCCUUCAUAACACUGAGUGGCACAGAGGCUUCAAAGACCAUAAUAACAUGGAGUGAUGGAGGAAAUAUUUUUGAGUCUCCAACACUUUCUGUUUUGGCUUCUGAUUUUGUGGGAAGAUAUCUCACUAUCCAGAAUACGUAUGGCAGUGGUGACAAAGCUGUUGCAUUGAGGGUAUCAGGAGAUAGAGCAGCAUUCUAUGGUUGCAGAAUUCUCUCAUAUCAAGACACCCUCUUGGACGACACCGGAUCACAUUAUUAUAGCAACUGCUACAUUGAAGGAGCUACUGAUUUCAUAUGUGGAAAUGCUGUUUCACUCUUUGAAAAUUGUCAUCUGCAUUCAAUUUCCAAAAACAAUGGAUCCAUAACAGCUCAACACAGAGACUCUUCGACUCAGAAUAGUGGCUUCACCUUCUUGGGUUGCAAGAUCACCGGCAUAGGAAGUGCAUAUCUGGGAAGGCCAUGGGGCGAUUAUUCUAGGGUGGUGUUUGCCUUCUCUUACAUGUCCAAAGCUAUAGCCCCAGCCGGAUGGGACACUUGGGCUGGCCAAACAAAGCAAAGUACGGUGUUCUAUGCUGAGUACAAGUGUUAUGGGCCAGGAGCUAACAGAGCUCAGAGAGUUGAAUGGUCGCGAAGCUUAUCCAAAGAAGAGGCUGCACCCUUCUUGACCAAGGCCAUGAUUGGUGGCCAACGUUGGCUCAGGCGUGCACCAACCUAUUUUAAAAGAGGCUCUACGAUCAUCAAGGGUCAUGUUGGAAAUAAUUAACUAGAAAAAUUGCGCACUUUUUCUUUGUUUCUUUUCUCUGUGUAAUUCAGAAUUAUUUAUUUAUUUAUUUUUAUUUUCUCAUCAUUGUACGGAAUUUCAUUGUAGAUAUUCAUUCAUUUAUUAGCCCUUUUCUUGCAAGAGGCUGUGU